AAAAACGAAUGUCAAAUAAAAGUUUAUGCCAAAAAAAUGCGAAGUGUGAACUGGGCAGUAAAGUGUACGACUUUUGCAGAUUUACAGUUAAUGAUAUUAUUAUUUUAACUUUAUGCACAUAAUUCGUAUUAAUUAGAACUGCCUACAAUCAAAGAUAUUACAAUUAACAGUUAUAUCCUAAUAUUUAGUAGUAAAGAGACUUAAAAUUUAAGAAAAUGGGUGACAAUUUCCAAAAUAAAACCAUGGCUCCUGUAAUGAUGGAUUAUGAUUUUAAAGUUAAAACUCAAAACGAGCGUUCAAAAGUAGAGGAUUUAUUCGACUUCGAAGGUUGUAAAGUUGGUCGUGGCACCUAUGGGCAUGUGUAUAAAGCGAGGCGUAAAGACGGAUCUGAUACAAAAGAUUAUGCGUUAAAGCAGAUCGAAGGCACCGGUCUGUCAAUGUCCGCUUGCAGAGAAAUAGCGUUGCUACGAGAAUUAAAACAUCCAAAUGUAAUAAACCUCAUUAGAGUAUUCCUGUCUCACACUGAUCGAAAAGUAUGGCUGCUAUUUGACUAUGCCGAACAUGAUCUAUGGCAUAUCAUCAAGUUCCAUAGAGCAGCGAAAGCCAACAAAAAGUCUGUGAUGGUGCCUAAAGGUAUGGUGAAGAGUCUUCUCUAUCAGAUCUUGGAUGGUAUUCACUAUUUACAUUCCAAUUGGGUUCUACAUAGAGAUUUGAAACCAGCUAAUAUCCUAGUGAUGGGCGAAGGGCCAGAGAGAGGCCGAGUUAAAAUAGCUGACAUGGGUUUUGCAAGACUGUUCAAUGCUCCCUUAAAGCCUCUUGCUGACUUAGAUCCUGUAGUGGUCACAUUCUGGUACAGAGCACCAGAAUUGUUACUUGGAGCGAGACAUUAUACAAAGGCUAUAGAUAUUUGGGCCAUUGGCUGUAUAUUUGCGGAGCUAUUAACAUCCGAGCCUAUAUUCCACUGUCGUCAAGAAGACAUCAAGACAAGCAACCCUUACCAUCAUGACCAGUUGGAUAGGAUAUUCAAUGUCAUGGGAUUCCCACAGGAGAAAGACUGGGAAGAUAUCAGGAAAAUGCCUGAACAUGCUACCUUAGUGAAAGAUUUUAAGAGAUCUAAUUACCAGAACUGUUCACUUAGCAAGUAUAUGGACAGGCACAAAAUUAAACCUGACAGCAAGGCAUUCAGUUUGCUUCAACGUCUCUUGUUAAUGGACCCCAAUCGGAGGAUAACAUCAGAACAGGCUAUGCAGGACCCAUAUUUCACUGAGGAUCCACUUCCUACACAGGAUGUUUUCGCCGGCUGUCCCAUCCCAUAUCCGAAGAGAGAAUUCUUGACCGAUGACGAUCAAGAAGAUAAAAGUGAUUCUAAGGCCCGACAGAAUCAACAACAACAGCAGCAGACCAAUACACAACAGAAUCAAGUACAAGCGAAUAGUCACGAUCAUGCUGCGAAUAAUGCUAAGAGAAUGAGAAUGUCAGGUCAGAAUCAAGGCAACAACACAGGCGGUGGCGGUCAACAGGAGUUCCAUCAACAACAACAGAUGAUGUUCGGCGGGCAGCAGCAAGGUGGCAGCUCGCAGCAACAGGGAAACUUCCAGCAACGGUUCUGAUGAAACUGUGUGUUGGUUAGAGUAUAGUGCUGUGUGAAUGUUAGAGACAAGUUAGUUUGAGGACUUGAAGAUUGUAACGCAGGUAGACGGGAAAAAAAUAUAUUUGAAAUGUACUAAAAGAUCAAUAGGGAAGUUUCAGCUACUAAAUACUAUGUCCGAAUACAUAACUAUACGUAGCCUGCGUCUUCGUCCGCGCGGGAUAUCGAUGUAAAGCAUAAUCCUGAUUUUUUCGUAAGUUGAUUAAAACAAAUUCAAUCGAAACUUUUAUCUCUCCAAGAACAUGUGUUCAAAAUUUUGAUGACGAUCGAAUAAAUAUUAUUUAAAGUGAAAGCAUUACAAAAAAAUUACGUACACAUAAUAUACUUAAGUAGGGAUAUUAUUUUAACAUCCAAAAUUUUUAAACUUCUCUUUAAAUGAUCCCAACUCAAUGUAAUAUUUAUGGGACCAAAUGACAGCUAUAUCACUUAAAAUAAAAAAGAAUCAACAAAAUUCAUUACGCAACCCAUUUCCAGAAGUGCUUGUAAAGUUAAAAUAAAAGCAUCUUGUUGUUGGAUGUCAAACGUAACAGUUACAAAACUUAGCACAUAACAAUGGAAAAUUGGUUUUUAUUUGCGAAACUGUAGAAGAUUCCUCAAAAAGUUUUGUGGCUUACUUUAUAUUUUUUAACCUGGUCGUCCUAAUAAAGCGUUUGAGCGUUGUUAAUUAGAAGUUAUAGCUAAGUAAUAAAAAAAAACAUCUUAUACUCACCCGGAACAUAUUUCUGGCCUGAAUUUAAAUUAUAGAAACACUAGCUGUUGCCCGCGACUUCGUCCGCGUGGUUAGAAGAUAUAAGUUAUAAUUUAUA